AUGAAGUUGGCCACUAUUGGGAAACCUUAUGCUGACAAAGCCAACCCAGGUUUGUCCAUUGUUACAGCACAUGCACCCGUGUACUAUACAGGAGAAUGGCUUGGUUUCAACUAUAAUGAUACUUAUGUUGGCUUAACAGGCAUUGACCUGUCAAUUGACUCCAUGUCCAGUUUGUUGCACAGACUGGAUGGGACAGUGACAGAGGGGAGCUUUGGGCUUGUGGUUGAUGGCGAAUUCAAUAUCUAUGUCAUCACCCAGGAUGCCGUCAACUUGAUCUAUCCGGAGAGAACAGGGUUUGAAGAGUUUCGUGUCCACAGGGACAAGGACGGAGAAGGAGACCUUAUUGAUGACAGGAGAAAUCAAACUUAUCUUGUCAGUGACACCAUCCUGCAGCCCCCACCAACCUCACCAACGCCAACUGGACAGCUCUCCAUAAGGAAAUCCAACAACAAGAACCUGGCCAUAGAGGAACAUCAGAACUCGACAUUGUUUUGA